AUGGACCAGGCUUCGGAACCCGUCGUGAUCUCAGUCAGAAUGGAUGGCGCCAGUGCAUACGACCCCGACGCCAGGGUCGACGCCAUCGCAACAACGAUUCCCAGCUUCUGUCGCGGCUGCAACGCCUCGACUGCGCACAACGACAUCCCCGCGAUCCAAUGCGCAUGGAAGAAAUUCGAGGAGGUUGAGUCCAGCGCGUCCUGGGAGGAGAUCAUCGUCAAAGGGGGCAUCGGGCCUUGGGACCGGAUCAAAGCCGCCAGGGACGCGGCGGACGCGGAGGUUGUGAGAGCCGAAGCCCGCGUUGAAGAACUCACCAAGGCCUUGGAAAUUGCAAGGAGCAAGAGGGAAUGCGCUACUGAACGCUUGAAGGGAGCAGAUGAUUACCUGGAGAAGGUCGUCGGGACGGUCGCAAGCGACAGUGGGCGCCUGGAGGAAAAGUUUGCAGAAAUGACAUCUGGCGGCAUCGACUUGUACAACCUUUGGGGAUCUUGUCCCACAGGAAUGCCGUGGAAGAUGAUCGACAGAAUCGAUAACCGGUUGCAUGAUGUCUUUGUUACGUUGCAAUCGACGACACACAUUACUGGAAAAUCUUAUGAGUUUCCGGCCGAAGCUCCUCAGUGGCCGAGACCGGCGGUCACUGCCACCGAGUCCUCGAACACCACCGCGGAGCAAUCGAACAUACGAACACCUACGCCGUCUGAGAAGAACUCCGGAAACAACCAGGAUAGGAGGAGAGGGAAGGGCAAGAACAACAAAAAGCGUCGCAACGACUCCAGAGCACAGCCUUAUCCAACGCCGGCAAAGCAACACCGUGGCGCCAAACAAGGCGCUGCGAUGCGCUCGGAGCUGCCCAAACAGGCAGAACCUACAACGAAUGUCAAGCGCGAGGUUGCGGAAGAGCCAACGACAUCCGUUGGCAAUCAAAGCAAGCCUAGCACAACAAGCAGCGGGCCUGUGCAAUAUCUCUAA